UGGGCUUUCUCAUUGGCACAUCUGGCCUGCCUUGAUUGGGCAAAAGCCUUCUCACCGAAGGCCCAAAGGUCACAUCAGGAUUCCCAAUCUCCGCCCUUCAUCCCUCAGAAGAGCCGCGUCUCCCCCAAAGCAGAUGCCCAGGGAUCCUUGGCCUGCCAUUGGGUCGAUUCCCCGCUUCCCCCUUCCUCGGGAGCAGCCCGCACAAGUCAAGGGGACGCCGAGCAGAAGCAGCCGAAGAGCCGGACGGGACCUUGGAGUCUGCUGGUAGUCCAAGCCCCGCUCCAGCUUCUCUCCGCCUCCUCCGACGCUGCUGCCGUUCCCGGCUUCCUGGGCGCGCCCUCCGCCGGGGCAGCUGGAGCCGGGGCAGCGGCGCUCGGGAGCCGAUGGGAGCCGGGGCGCGGCUGGGGCCGGACGGCGUGCAUCGUGACGGGGGCGUCGCGGGGGCUCGGCCGGAGCCUGGCCCGCCUGCUGGCCGCCCGCCUGCCGCCCGGCUCGGCGCUGCUGCUGGUGGCGCGCUCGGCGGGGCCGCUGGGCCGGCUGGAGGGCGAGCUGCGCGCCGCCUGGCCGGGGCUGCUGGUGCGGGCGCUGCCGGCCGACCUGGGCUCCGAGCAGGGGCUGCGGCGCGUGGCCGAGGCGGGGCGGGCGCUGCGAGGGGCCGGAGACCCCCAGCGCCUCCUGCUCAUCAACAACGCCGCAUCUCUGGGCGACGUCUCCAAGACCUUCUCGGACUUCUCCGAGCCAGGCAACGUCAACAGCUACUUAAACCUCAACGUGACCUCUGCCCUCUGCUUGACCGCCUCCGUCCUGAAGGCCUUUCCUGCCCAGCCGGGCUUCAGCCGCCUGGUGGUCAACAUCUCCUCCCUCUGCGCCCUGAAGCCCUUCAAGAGCUGGACCCUCUACUGCACGGGGAAGGCGGCUCGGGACAUGAUGUUCCAGGUCUUAGCGGCCGAAGAGCCGGACGUGCGGGUGCUGAACUACGCCCCAGGCCCCCUGGACACCUCCAUGCAGGAAGAGGCCCGCAGCCUCUCGGCAGACCCGGAGCUGAGGCAGGCCUUCCUUCACCUGAAGGAAUCCGGGGAGCUGAUAGACUGCGACGUCUCCGCCCACAAGUUGCUGGACCUCCUGGUGGCAAACACCUUUGAAUCCGGUGCCCACGUGGACUUCUAUGACACCUGAGCAGCUCUCCAUUGGAGGGUCCUUCUCUAAGGCACGGCUUCCUUCCUUAAAAGAGCAGAAAUUAUUCUCUCUCGGCUCUUUUUUUCAUGCAUGCUGCAGUAAAUAACCUCUGUUUGGAAGUUUUGUAUCUGAGGCUGUUGUAGAAGCAUUUUGCAAAAUUCUGAACUGUAACUGUGCCCCAAAAAAGCCAAAAAUUACUCUAAGCUACCUUUGCAUUAUGUGCGGAAAUUGUUGCUCUUCCCAGGGUGGACGGUGGGGCUAAGUGGGGAGGGAGUGACCGGCUUGGCGUUAAGGUUUGCCAGGGACCAGGCUGAGACCGGUGGUUCCCCAGGAAGGAAGAGCUGCACAGCCCCACAGCUGAGGAGACUCUCUGGUGAAUUAGGAGAGGUUCUGCCCUGCAUCCGCCAGUUCUCCCCCCUCCGUGCUGGACAAUGGACUUCCUCUUGGUGGCAGAGAGGGGCCCCUGGCAUUGGCCCUGGCCUCGGCCCUGCUUGUGCUGACUGAGCAGCUGCCAUCUUUGGUGCCCUAACAGAACGACCUUCUCCAGGAAGACUGGAACGUUAUGCAGUAGGUAGAGUUUCCUGCUCAAGCGGGGGGUUGGACUAGAAGAUCUCCAAGGUCCCUUCCAACUCUGUUAUUCUAUAUUGUCCCAAAGAGGCUUUUUCAAGAGGCAACUGGACUUUCUUGUGUUUCUGUGAAGACGUUUUGCUUCUCGUCCAAGAAGCUUCUUCAGCUCUGAGCGGAAAUCCAGUUGCCUCUUGAAAAAGCCCCUUUGGGACAACCAUGGCCUGGAUCAGUGGUGGGUUGCCCCCGGUUCUAUAGAACUGGUAGUAAAACCGGCGGAAGGCUCCGCCCACCGACCCCAACGUCAUCAGAACGCUUCUGUGCAAGCACGCAAGCGCGGCCCCGUUGCAAACCAGUAGUAAAGGUAGGUAGAACCCACCCCUGACCUGAAUGACUGAGAAUCUCCAUAGGUAGUUAUUCCAUAUUCUGCAUAGAUCCUUGUUUCACCUUCGGGGUGGCUUUAAAGUUCCCCCUGGGGAUGCACGCCCAAGCAGGAGGGUCUACCCCACCCCUCCCCAGGUGGCCGGGAGCUCACGGGGGUUCCUUUGCUAGGCCCUCUCACAGACUUUUGCAGUCUGGUCUGCUGUGAGUCGGGGUCAACCUUGCUGGAGAUUGGAGCUGGCUGUGGGCCACGCACCUUCCUUCAGCCCCCUCCGGCCAGUCCCUUUUGGGGCCUCUUUGCAGGUCCCUGGAGGAAGAAUAAUAGGGUUGGAAGGGACCUUGGAGGUCCUCUAGUCUAACCCCCUGCCUGUGGCAGGAGAUCCUAUUCCGUUCCAGACUUCCUUUGGGCUUGAAGGCAAAUCUAUGUGUGUCCCAGGAUAAUGUUGCAGGAUCCAACUUUCAUGCUUUCAGACUCAUGGUGGAGCCCAUCCUCAGGGAACUGGUCUCUGCUAACAGAGUAUGUCCUUUGGGCUAUUCUAUAUCUAGCAUUUAUAGGGUGCCUGGUUGGGCGUGGCUGUUUUAUUGGUUGAUUGGGAUGUAGAUGGCCAGUUAUUAAGCCAUUAGCUGUCAUUUGCUGGUGCUGCCAAGCCCCCGCCUCCUAAGUAUCUGAUAAAGCUGGUGGUAAAUCAGCAGUCCUGUUGACUGACAAGAGGCUCCUUUCCCAGGCCUCAGUCACUUGCCUGGCUGUUUUUGUAGCUGCUCGGCCAACCAUCUUUAGUAGCUGCGAAGUUGAAUGCAGGUCCUUGUUCAUUGCAAUGUGAGGCUACCGGUGAGUUUGGGUCUCCAAGUCUGACCGCUCGCUUGUGUUCUUACAAUCUGGUGGUUAGAUUCCACCCAUCUGCCCUACUUAGUCACAGGACAGGAUGGAUACACGUUCCAGAUACAACAUCAAGAUAGCAUCAUCAUCACGUCAAGCUGUAACGUUAAGGAUAUAACAUUAAGAGUUAAAAGUGUGUAUAACUCACAGUGGAAGCUUACCAGUAGCUUCAAUGAAUGAAACCAUCCAACCCACAAACUCUGCCAGAUGUUGCCUGAUCCCUAAAGUUAAUCAUUUAUGUAGCCUUCCACUUGAUUGCAUUGAUCACAUGUAACCCUGAACUUUGAUUGUUGAAUCGAAAACUGAUGUUUUUGAAGGAAGGAAAGAACCCUACUCGGAGCAUUUCUGAACACUUUUAUUUUUGUUGCGUUUUAAAAUCCCUUAACGCAAGAAGAAGAAAACACAUUUAAAGUCAUAACCUGCCCUUUUUCCCCCCUUUUCUGAAGGUUAAAUAAAUUAUUUCUGCAAACACGCAUAUACAAACCCCUCUAAUCACCAGCAACAGUGAAAGCGAUGAAGGCAGCCCCGUUCUGAGGCAAAAGAUAAACUGCAGGUUGGCUUGUAUUUCAAAUACCAGAAAUGAUCCUCAUAGGUCUAUGUAGGUCAUUUAGAGCUCAAAUUAGAGCAGCUUAAUAAUAAAACACCUGCAAUACCUGCUAUGUCAAUGUGAUACUGUACAGGUGGUCCACAACUUACAACAGUUCAUUUAGUGACAGUUCAAAGAUACAACGGCACUGAAAAAAGUGACUUACGCCCCUUUGUCACACUUAACGACCGUUGCAGCAUGCCCAUGGGCACGUGAUUGGAAUUCAGAUACUUGACAACUGACUCACAGCUGCAGUGACCCAGAAUCGGGAUCUCCUUUUGCAGCCUUCUGAUAGGCAAAGUGAAUGGGGAGGCCAGAUUCACUUAACAAUCAUAUCACUAACUAGCUGAAUACCCAUGCUCCGCUACGAAACUAUGCGAUCGGGCUUGAUAAAUCAACAGCUUGAACAUUAAUGAGUAGUUACGAUCGGCCUCUCCUCUUCUCUCCCUCAGCCUUGCCCCACAGAAGCCUCCCCUAUCCUAUCCCCUGCUGCUGCUGUGAAAGUAAAACUGAAACUGAAAUGCCUCUCCUCUGCUUUUGUUUUGCAUUUGGAACAGAUUUCUUUUCAGGUGGUGAGAGGGACUAGAACUUCUUAGCAUCAGGAGUUAGCAUGUUUGGAAAGUGAAACAGUAUUUGCUGUGUGAGCAAGAAGGAGACAGGAAGGAGCCUGGCCGUGGCUUAGCUCAACUGUUCUGUAGUAAAGCUGCUUGCUGCUGUGAAAAUAAAACAAACUGAAAGUC